AUGUAUUUGUUGUUCAUAUGCAUGAGACGUGUGUUCAACUACAAUCUACUACGUAGACGUAAUGUGAGAAGUGACAAUUCUUCUUCUUCUUCUUCCUUCUUCUCUUCCUCCUUCUUCGCCUUCUUCGUCGUCUUCUUUUUUCUUCUCCUUCUCUUCCUCUCUACCAAUUUCUUCUUCUUCUUCUUCUUCUUCUUCUUCUUCUUCUUCUUCUUCUUCUUCUUCACUCCCUUCUCCUCUCGUUAUUCUUCUUCUUUUCUCCCUAGUCCUCCUCCUUUUUCUUCUUCACUUCUUUCUUUCUUCUUCAUCACUCCUUUUUCCUCUCCUUCGACUUCUUCUUUUCUCCCCCCUCCUCCUACUCCUCCUCCUUUUUCUUCUUCUUCACUUCCUCCUUUCUUUAUUCUUCUCUUUUAUCUCCGCCUCCUUUUUCUUCUUCUUCUCUUCCUACUUCUCUUCCCCUCCUUCUUCUUCUUCGUCUACCAACUUCUUCUUUUCCUCCUACUCUUCAUUCUACUUCUCCACUUCCUCCUCCUCCUCCUCCUCUUGUCUUCUGCUUCUUUGUUUACUCUGUCACUGUUUGAUUUCUUCUUUUUACUUUUUCUUCAAAAUUUAUUUACUCUUGUUUUUCUCCUUCAUUUUCUUUCUUUCUUUCUUUCUUUCUUUCUUUCUUUCUUCUUCAUCACUCCCUUCUCCUCUCCUUCGUCUUCUUCUUUUCUCCCCCCUCCUCCUACUCCUCCGCCUUUUUCUUCUUCUUCACUUCCUCCUUUCUUUUUUCUUCUCUUUUAUCUCCGCCUUCUUCUUCUUCUUCUUCUUCUUCUUCUUCUUCUUCUUCUUCUUCUUCUACCAACUUUUUCUUUUCCUCCUACUCUUCAUUCUUCUUCUCCACUUCCUCCUCCUCCUCUCGUCUUCUGCUUCUUUGUUUACUCUGCCACUGAUUUCCUCUUUUUACUUUUUCUUCAAAAUUUAUUUACUCUUGUUUUUCUUCAUCAUUUUCUUUCUUUCUUCUUUCUUCUUCUUCUUCUUCUUCUUCUUCUUCUUCUUCUUCUUCUUAUUAUUAUUAUUAUUAUUAUUAUGUUGUCCUAA